UAGUUUGCCUCAGACUCCGGCUCCUCUCUUGGAUGUGCUUCCUUUUUAGCGACAGGGCGCUGUGUGGAGACCCAAAACACCAGACGCACCAAGCGGGUUUGGCUCACAGCGAGCCUCCCCUGAAGUUGGAGAUGCACACACAAGAGGUCUCCCUGCCUGGGUGGUCUCUCUACUUUAGUGAGCUGUUGCUAAGCAGCUAAUAAUAGUCGUGUUUGCUGAGUAAUUUUUGCCCUUCUGGAACCAAUCAGAUGCGAGAAAGUCCUGCAAUCUGACAGCCCCAGAGGCGGGAUCUCGAGCUUUUUUUCUUUUUUUCUUUCCACCCCUCCUCCUCCUCUGCCUCCAAAUGGAGAGAGGUCUUUUUCCUCUCUUCUAUUGAAUCUCAGAGCUGGCCGUGACGCGCGGCCCAUGGGAAGACCACAUAGAUCUCAUCAGAAUGCUUGUGUAUGGGAACCACUUUGCGGACCUCGCAUUUUGAGAGAAACAUACUUUUUUUAAGAGACACGGUGAAUGCGGUGAGAGCGGUGGAGACCUCCGGAUCGCGAAAUGUUGGGAUGGAAGGCGCAGACUUUGACUCGCCGUCUCCAACAGGAGUAUGAAGUCCUACUUCACGGGUGUGAGAUCUCCGAGAGUGAAACUCUGUUGCCUUGGGAUAUCGCUACACGCUUUCGGGGAAAUAGUAUAAAGUGGGAAACGGUCUCGCAGUCCAGGCAACAUGGCCUCGGCUGCUAAUGCGCCCUCCGAGCAGGAAAACAGAGACCCCGAUCGGCCGAGGAUAACGCGGAGGAACAGGGGGGACUAUACCCGCAACACACCGCUGGAUUUGGAGUAUUUGCAGCGGCCGAGUUACUGCGAUGCGGGCUUUGCUUUGGAGCAAAUAACCGAGGGGAAGGCAACUGGGAGGAAAGCACCUCUAUGGCUGAGAGCGAAGUUCCAGAGACUUUUAUUUAGGCUGGGCUGUUACAUACAAAAGAACUGCGGAAAGUUUUUGGUUGUGGGCCUCAUGAUUUUCGGAGCUUUUGCUGUGGGCUUAAGGGCAGCUAAUUUGGAGACGGACGUGGAGAAACUCUGGGUAGAAGUUGGUGGGCGUGUGAACCAGGAACUGAAGUACACGCGGCAGAAUAUAGGCGAGGAGGCCAUGUUUAACCCUCAGCUUAUGAUCCAGACGCCGCGGGAGGACGGAGCCAAUGUUUUAACUGUGGAUGCUCUCCUGCAGCACCUGGAGUCAGCUAUCCGUGCUAGCAGAGUUCAUGUGUACCUUUACAACAGACAAUGGAAAUUAGAAAACCUAUGCUACAAAUCAGGAGAAAUAGUCACAGAAACCCCUUUGAUGGAUCAGAUCAUAGAAAAGCUACAUCCCUGCCUCAUUAUCACCCCUUUGGACUGUUUCUGGGAGGGAGCCAAGCUUCAGUCUGGAAUGGUCUAUCUCCCAGGUAAAGAACCACUGCAGUGGACCAACUUUGACCCUAAGGAGUUCCUUGAGGACUUGCGACGGGCAAACAUUCACGUGGAAGGCUUUGAGGAAAUGUUGGAAAAAGCCGAUGUUGGACACGGCUACAUGGAUAGACCUUGUCUGAACCCUGCUGACCCUGACUGCCCCCUCACUGCACCCAAUAAGAACUCAACUAAGCAAAUCGACGUGGCACGGGCCUUGAGUGGCGGCUGCCAUGGUAUGUCCAGGAAGUACAUGCACUGGCAGGAGGAACUGAUCGUAGGAGGGACCACCAAGAACGGCAGCGGACCCCUGCUCAGGAAGAUCAGCAAGGCGGUGCUGCAGAGUGUGGCGGCAAAUUCCUCUCAGAAGGUCUUGUCUUUUACCACCACCACUUUAGAAGAUAUUCUCAAGUCUUUCUCGGACAUCAGCGUCAUCCGUGUGGCCAGUGGCUACCUGCUGAUGCUGGCCUAUGCGUGUUUGACAAUGCUACGGUGGGACUGUGCCAAGUCUCAGGGGGCUGUGGGGCUGGCGGGUGUCCUCCUGGUGACACUGUCUGUGGCAGCUGGCCUGGGUCUCUGCUCUCUCCUGGGCAUCUCCUUCAAUGCGGCCACCACACAGGUGCUACCCUUCUUAGCUCUGGGUGUUGGAGUGGAUGACGUCUUCCUUCUUGCUCAUGCCUUCAGUGAGACCGGACAGAAUAAGAGGAUCCCAUUCGAGGACCGGACGGGGGAGUGUCUGAAGAGGACAGGGGCCAGCGUGGCUCUAACUUCCAUCAGUAACGUCACAGCAUUCUUCAUGGCAGCCCUCAUCCCCAUCCCGGCACUCAGAGCCUUUUCUCUACAGGCCGCGGUGGUGGUGGUGUUUAACUUUGCCAUGGUGUUGCUUAUCUUCCCCGCCAUCCUCAGCAUGGACCUCUACCGACGAGAAGACAGACGUUUUGACAUUUUCUGCUGCUUCUACAGCCCGUGUGCCAAUCGUGUGAUCCAGAUUGAGCCUCAUGCGUACCUGGAUGGGGCGGACGGAAGUCGCUACAGCCCUCCACCUUCCUAUCGCACCCCUCCACCCUCUUAUCAAACGCCUCCCCCGAGCUACAGCAGCCCCCCUCCUUCCUACAGCAGCCAUGGCUUUGCCCAACAGACCCAAAUCACCAUGCAGUCCACGGUGCAGCUGAGGACAGAGUAUGACCCCCGGACUCAAGCCUUCUACACCACGGCUGAGCCCAGAUCUCAGAUCUCUGUUCAGCCCAUGAACCCAGCUCCAACUAGGAGCAACCCUAACAACGACUAUUACAGCAGCAACACAAGCGGUAGCAGGAGCAGCAGCAGCAAUCAUGGCAAUCUCAACAACAACAACAGUGGGAGCCGAAGCAAUGGGGGAUCUCGGGGUUCUGCCACCUUCUCCCAUCACCAUCCUGCACCUCCUCCUGCUGCCCCGACUUCAAGUGCUGGCUCGGUUCCUCAGUGUGAUGCGGUCUCAUCGACUGGCCAGGGCCAGGAAAACAACAGCUCCACACGGGACCUGUUGUCCCAGUACGGAGAAGGCUCGCUGGGCCUCCGCUGCCUCGAGCCUCCCUGCUCCCGCUGGACCUUGUCCUCUUUUGCUGAAAGACACUAUGCUCCCUUCCUUCUGCAACCCAUCACCAAGGUGGUUGUGAUCGUGCUGUUCCUCUGCCUGCUGGGAGUCAGUCUAUACGGGACCACCCAGGUGAGGGAUGGCCUGGAGCUGACAGACAUCGUGCCCAGAGACACCAGCGAGUACGACUUCAUCGGUGCCCAGUUCAAGUUCUUCUCCUUCUACAACAUGUACGUGGUGACGCAGCGGGCUGAUUACGCCCAGAAACAGCCUCUGCUGCACCAGCUCCACCAAAGGUUCCAUACUAUUCGCUACGUGCUGAAGGAGGACAACGGACAGCUGCCGCGCAUGUGGCUUAACUACUUUCGGGACUGGCUGCAAGGUCUCCAGCAGGCUUUUGACAAGGAUUGGGAGGCCGGCCGCAUCACCCUCAACAGCUACAAGAAUGGCUCUGAUGAUGGCGUCCUGGCAUACAAGCUUUUGGUGCAGACGGGACGCAGGGACAAGGCCAUCAACUUUAACCUGCUGACUCGUCAGAGGCUUGUGGAUGCAGAUGGGAUCAUCAACCCUGGGGCUUUCUACAUCUACCUUACCGCCUGGGUCAGCAAUGAUCCCGUGGCGUACGCCGCCUCGCAGGCCAACAUUCGCCCGCACCCUCCUGAGUGGCUUCAUGACCGUACUGACUCCAUGCCUGAAACACGCCUCAGCAUCCCAGCUGCUGAGCCCAUCGAAUACGCACAGUUCCCCUUCUACCUCAACGGGCUCCGGGAGACGCCACAGUUCGUGGAGGCCAUCGAGAGCGUGCGGGCUAUCUGCGGCAACUAUAGCCGACAAGGCCUACCCUCCUACCCCAACGGCUACCCCUUCCUGUUCUGGGAACAGUAUGUUAGUCUGCGCCACUGGCUCCUGCUGUCCAUCAGUGUUGUCCUCGCCUGCACCUUUCUGGUCUGUGCCCUCUUCCUGCUCAACCCGUGGACUGCCGGCAUCAUAGUGUUGGUGCUUUCUCUAAUGACUGUGGAGCUGUUUGGCUUCAUGGGGCUGAUGGGAAUCAAGCUGAGUGCUGUCCCUGUGGUCAUCCUCAUCGCCUCUGUAGGCAUUGGAGUGGAGUUCACCGUCCAUGUGGCCCUGGCGUUCCUGACAGCCAUAGGGGAUCGUCACAAGCGGGCAGUGCUGGCAUUGGAGCACAUGUUUGCUCCAGUACUCGAUGGAGCCUUCUCCACCUUAUUAGGUGUCCUAAUGCUCGCUGGCUCUGAGUUCGACUUUAUCGUCAGGUAUUUCUUUGCUGUGUUGGCCAUCCUAACAGUUCUUGGAGUACUGAAUGGACUGGUCCUUCUUCCAGUAUUACUGUCAUACUUUGGGCCCUAUCCAGAGGUGUCUCCAGUCGAUGGUCGUAGCAGGUUACCCACCCCGUCCCCAGAAGCCCCUCACGUGGUCCACUUCUCAGUUCGUCCUCACCACACCACCAUGGCCACCACCACCUCUGGUGCAGCUUCCGACUCGUCAGACACAGAGUACAGCUCCAACACCACGGUGUCCGGCAUUAGCCAGGAGCUGCACAACCACAACCUGCCCUCACAAAGAGGACAAACUCGAGCAGAGGAGCAGCAGUACCACCUCCAGACCAACAGGGGCAGAGCAGCCAGGACAGAUGAGGAAAGGAGAGCAGGAUCAGGGCAUAGGCGCUCAGCCAGACAGCCUGACCUUCCGGCCUAUUCUGUGUCUUCGUCCUCUCAGGGUUGUGAUUCUGGGCCCCAGCCCAGGGCCACUCAGCGUAACAGCAGCAGGGACCCCAAGAGCCAGCUGCACUGGCAGGCCCUGCCCCCAGCCCGCCCGCGCAUGGACGCUUUUGAAACUGCUACUGAGGCUGGGGGCCAUCAUGGCUCACACGGCCAUAGAGAACACUCAGCAGGCCACAGAGCCCGCUCUUCCCACAACCCACAACCCAAUCACCACGUCCCACGCCAUCACCCCAACCCCACCCCGUAUUGCCAACCCAUCACCACGGUAACAGCGUCAGCCUCCGUCACUGUCGCCGUGCACCCGGCCCCCUUGUCCAACCAGGGCCCCCCUGCUUCCGCUUACCCAGGAUACACUGCAACAGACAGUUACUGCCCAUCAGGGGCGGAGGGGCCGGAGCCUGCCUUUCAGGACCCACAUGUGCCACUGGACACCGACACAGGGGCCAGAGGAGUCCACAUGGAGGCUAUGGAGCUUCAAGAUUUGGAGUUUGAGGCAGCUGAGUGUAACAGUGGCAGACGGGCAAGCUGAGUUGUGGAGAACGGACGUACAACAGCCAAAGAUGGACUCCUCUGUAUUACUAAGCAGCUGGCCCGGCCUGGCACAGUCCGGCCCAGCAUGGCUCGACUCGCCCACGGCCCUAAGCAGCGAGAAACUCGUCAGUGUUGCCGUUAUGGUGCUCAUUCUUACUGUAACCCAGUGGACUUUUGUCUUAGAUAUUUCUAUCUAUAUUUAAAAGAUGUAUACAUAUGUAAAUAUGAACAAAAAGUAGCUAUAAUUUUAGGAGCUGUAGAACUCCUCAUGUCAACAGACUGAGGCUGCCAUUUUAUAUGGUGUGUGUGUAUGUGUGUGUGUGUGUGUUUGUGUGUGUGCGUAUGAGAGAUAGAUCUCUGAUUACUGUUCACUCAUCUGUGGAUCUGUGCCAUUACGAAGCUUCAUCUAGACAAAAAAUACCUGUCAGCAUUCACUGUGGCUGCUCAAAAUAUUUUUUUUUAAAUAAUAUACAUUUAUAACUCUAUGCAAAUGUCUCUUUAAACAAAAGAAGUGAUCUGUCUAUGUGUGUGUGCGUAUGUGUGUGCUUGCAUGUGUGUGCGUAUGCUACCCGCGUGUAAACAACCCCAUGGCUUAUACAUCGGAUACUUAUUCAGAACAGACUCAUUUAAAACGUAAUGUAAUUGUUCGAAUUAUCAAACAGGGCUAUGGUAUGUGUGCGUGUGCGUGUUAAUGUGUGUGUGUUUAUUAUUGUAUAAAGGUACUCGUGUUAAACUAUUAAUUUUUUAUCACAAACCUGUGGUAGUUAUGAAACAAUUACUGUUUAACUUGACACGCUAUGCGUGCUAUUUAAGACGAGCAGAUAUGAAGAAAUUUUAAAAGCUGUUAUUUUUUUUUAUUUUUUUUUGUGCUCUUUUAGUUCACGCCUCUGCAUUGGAACCUGUUUCUGCUCUCAGCUUUGUGUCACUGUCCGUUAGGCCGUGCUCCGGUUGUAUUUUACUGUAAGAGGUUAUGCAUUGUUUUACCCUAGCAGGCUCAAACCAGGUUCUGUCUUGUGUACUGAUAUACAAGCAGUAAACCCACCUCAGAAACUCACUCUGCCAUUACAGGGACAUUCACAUUACUGAUUCUGGAACAGGGUCAAACACGGGGCACUAGUGUCUAGUGGAUAAGCUAAAACUCAGACUGUAUACUGUACGACCCGAUUCAACAUGGCACUUGACUACAUUUAACCUUCAUUCACAGGAAUAUCUUGCCUCAAGUAGCUCUUUAUUUCUGUCCAACCAAUAAGCUAGCCCACACAUCCUGCUAAGGGAUAACCCUUAUAUGGCCUUACAAUGUGCUCUAUGCGUGUCUCAAUGUAUGUAUAUGUAUGUAUGUGUAAACAUUCAUGUGUGUGUUGGUCCAUGUUCUCAUUCUGUUUUAGCUCUCCUUGUGACAGUAAAAAAGACAACUGGCCCCAAUUUGGCCUCAGACGUCCCCACUGACCCAAGCUAAUAAAAAUCCACAACAUAACGCCAUGACACUAAUUGGACGUCCCCCCCUCCACUGCCAAAUGGUACAGCCCAGACCCCCAGGGGUCAGAGUGUACACUGCCAGCCACUCUCUCCACCAGCAAUGGCCAGUUUAAAUCUGCAUGUGUGAUCAUGCGUGCGCACUUGUAACCUCCCCACCCCACCCCCACCCCCACCCCACUCAGUUCCAGACCCAGGCCCCUUUGACACCGUCACUUACCCCACCCACACCUCAGUUUGCUUCCAAUUUCACACCUGUAGCGUUUCCCAGAAGUCUUUGUUUUUCUCCUUCUGUCCACCAUGUCAGCUGCUUGCAUGAAAUAGGUUGUUCUGUGUGUUUUUUUACGUUUAGUUUUCUCCCAAAUGUCACAUUGGCAGUAGCGGAGAGAAUUAUAGUUGGCAACUAUUUUAUUCAUUUUUUAUGUUUUGUUUGUUUUGGUUUUUUAACGUUCAAUUGCGAUAUUUAUAUUUUUGUAAUACAAAAUGUGUUUUUUUUUCUUUCAUUAUUGUCAUGAUGCCAGUGGAUAACAAAUGCAGGGAUUUUUAUGUCUAUUGAAAAAAAACACUAUUACAGUUUAAUGUUUUUACGUUAAUGGAGUUUGAUCUGUAUAAAGUGCUUACUAAUGUUAAAUAGGAAAAAAAGAGUAUAUAACAUUUUACACUACAGGUCUCAUCAUAGCUCUUAGAGGAUUUUAAAAGGAAAAAAAAAAAUCAGUGGUUCUUCCAGACUGCCCUUUUGGUCUCGGUUGGCGUGGAUGUAUGCUGUUUUCAGUUACAAAGAUAAAUGUAUGCCAUAUAAUUUAUUUAUAUGAAAAUUUAUUUUUGUAGUGUACAUAGUAGUUGUCAAGGUAUUUGACAGAAGUAUAUUUUUAAAGAGUUUAUAUGUAAUAUCAUACCAUAACAGAAAAAAAAGACCUUAAGGUGCACACUUUCACUGCUAACUGUCUUGUGAGACAACAUUGACACCUCCCCUUCAGUAUUAUGUUCCGAUCCUUGGAGAGAGACAGCUGUUUCUAUGGGUUUGUCAAAGGCUAGCCAUGAAAGUAGAAAAACUGUACUAGCUCUCUAAAUAUUAAUGUUCAAACACUGAUAGAAUUCUAACAAAUAAAAAUAUUAUAACUUAUUUGUCUCUUUGUUCAUAACUUUAAUAAAUGGAAACUUAAAACGA